GUGGCUGCGGAAACUAACCUCGGGCUUCAGCCUUCAGCCAAACUGUCGUUCGGCUAUUUCCGGCAACAUUCAAUCUGGCUCGGAGCUUAUGGGCGGAGCUUCGCUUCGCUCCCUUUCCCUUCCCUUCGCCAAUCUGAGUAUGUGCCGCCGCGCGUCAUAGUUCCCUUGUGACGUAGCGUGGCGCGCGGCGGCAGCGGCACAUUUGAAUCUUCCUGGCGCAAGCGUAAGGCCUGUUGGGAGAGGACGGCGACAAUGAGGCGCACUGUUCGGCGGAAAACUCUGAAGGACGCGGUGAAAAGGCACGAGCCCCAUCUCGUCCUUCGCGGCGACCUUGACGUACUGGUAUUUUUGAACUUUUUGUUGUUUCUACAUCGAUUAGCAGAGGAAGCCAGGACCAUAGCUAUAGCAGGAAAGAGCAAAAUAAUUAAAUAUGAACAUGUUCUCUCUUCAGCAAAGAUAAUUUUGAAGAAGAGCCGUGGCUAGAGCCAAGAAGUAUUCUUUCAUCCUCUGGCUGAAUUUAAUGCAGUGUAUUAAAUUGUCAAGUAACUAUGUAUGCUAAUGCCAAAAUAGCUUGAUAAUUGCAUUUUCAUGCUCUUGUACAUGAUCAUUUUCAGGAAAGGUUAUGUAAUAAUAUAGUGUAAGAAUGACUGCAUAAUGAACUAAUGUAUGUAAAUAUCAGUGACUGAGAUGCAAGUUUUAAUAUUAGCUACAAAGUUUGUUUUCUAAUACUAACUAUAUAAGAUGGCUUCUGUGCGACUGUGAAUGUUAACUUAUCUGGAUGUUAUUAUGAAUAGUACAUAAUUCUUUCUAUAAAAACAAAUUAUCUUCUAGAAUAUUUAUCAACAAGUCUUUAAAAUGUACAUACUUCUCAUUCUUUUUAAACACCCUUCAAGGUUUUUAAGUGACAUUACAAAUAAAAUUGCAGUUAAGCAGAUGCUUGCUGUAGAAAACUUAGAAUAGGAAACAGAAUAUAUAUGGCAGUAGUUGUAAACAUAAUAUAGAAACUGUUACACUAUUUCAGAAAUUUACACUCCCCUCCCUCUUGGUUUCUCAUGAUUUUUCCAAAGUAAAUGAAAAUAAAAUAAAAUAAAACAUUUUGCAAGGUCCACUUCAAACAGAAGUUUCCUAGAAAGGAUAUUGGUAUAUUGUUUUCCUCCUUUUAUCAAAGAGCUGGUGGGUGGUAGGAGUGGAAAACUGAAAUUCCCCUUUUACAUUGACACACCAGUUCCCAUUUUUGGAAGAAGCGGCAUGUCUAAAAUCUUCAUUCUUAUUUUAUACAAACAAGAGAAAAGAUGUAACAGGAAGCCUAAAUCCCCAUCUUUCUUUUUCAGAAGUAACAAUGCUCAAGAAUACCAGUCAUAGGCUUCUGUUUUAUCGUUCCUGUUUGGAAUGCUGUUCUAAGCCAGUAAGUCCAGAUCCCUUAGAGGGAUAGAAAAAUGAUACAAAACUUUAUAUUUAUAUUCUGUAGUCUUUUUAUAGAAUGUAAACUAUAUGUUCGGAAUGCCUGCAUUAUUUAUGUAUGAUUCUUUAUAAAUAUGAUUCAAUAAAUGAAAGUUUCUAUAUUAAAUCAUGUUUUGCCUCACAGUGCCUGAGUGGCAUAGAAUAUGUUGGAAUAAAUGCAUUUUGUGAAUAAAUUCUACUAUCAGUGUCUUUGUUAUGUAAACCUACUUUGAGAUUAAAAUUCCUCACCUCAGUAGAUGUUCCUUUAGCAGCCAUAAGAUGGGGAUAGAGUUAAGUGUCCCAUAUAUUUGUUGUAUGUAAACUUUUGUUUUAUUAAUUCGCUCCUUUUCUAGAAUUAUAAUUUUACAUUAAAAUGACAACAGGCAUGAGGUGUACCAAGUUUUUAUUGUUGACAGAUAUAGGGCAAUUAAACAUUCAGUUUUUCACAUAAAGGAAAUAAAGUAGUUUUGAGCUUUCAUAUAUCUUGGUAAUGAAGGUGAGAAGGAGGAAUGUUCUGUGUUUUGACAGGAUGCCGAAGAUGCCUCAUUUUCUCAACUAAGAAGUGUCAUCACCUAAUCAUCCAGCAUAAUUAAUCAAGCCUGGGUGAUUAACACUAGACAUUGUAGUCUGUAAAGUGAAUAUAUAUUUCAAUCAAUGCAGAUUUUAGCACAAAUAUAGAAAUCAUCUACUUAAAAAUAAUAAUCAUAUUGCAUCGACGAGAUUUAAGCAUGAAAUAGAAAGAAAAUCUACCCCCUUUUUCCAUCCAGUAUUGGAAGAUCUAUUUUAAGAUUGCUUUGCUUUCAAGUGAUGUAUGGUUAUGGUUUUGUGGAACAAUAAUGCUAUGUCAACAAACAGCACAAUUAAGAUAAUUUGUAAUAGACAAAAUAAAGCUCACUACACAACCUAUUCCAGGACUAUUAUAAACAUUAACUGGAAAGUUCAAAUAUGUUAUAUUGAUGCUUGUUUUAAUGUUUCUUAGAUUGAUUGUGACUUUUUUUGUCUUGUCUUUAUUCUGUUUAUAUCCAAGUUUCUGAAUGUACUGGUUCUGAUUCACCAGAUUUGUACUUAUACAUGCUGGUAUUUUCCAGUUCAUACAUUAAACUUCUUUUUGAAUGGUUUGCGUA